AUCAGCUCAUAAUUAAAAAAGCACACACAUCACAAACUGCGAGAAGUGUAGAGGUAGCUCCCACCUACUGUUCCAUUCAUUUCUCUUCCAACUCAAAUCAAACCCUCUCCCAAAAUUAAAUUCAAUCCUCUCUUCUAUAAAUCAAUCUCAGCAAUCUUUCCGCCGUCCCUUUUCGGGAUCUUCAUCAGCCGCCGCCGCCGCCGCCGCCGCAGAGAUUUUCUUUUGCAGCUGGCAGCCUAUAUUCUGCAAACUAACGUCACAGCUUUUUAAUUAAUCAGGUAAUUAAUUAAAGAGAGAUACCCACAUCUCCUUUUUAUUUAUAGUAAUAAUUAGUUUCAAGAUCCCAUGAGCCGGAAUCAAGAACCGGAGCCAUGAAAGGUGCAGCGCAAGGCGGCGGCGAGAUCGUGCAGGUCGACGGCGGCCAGAUUCUCCGCGCCACCGGCCGGAAGGACCGCCACAGCAAGGUCUACACGGCCAAGGGGCCGAGGGACCGCCGCGUGCGCCUCUCGGCCCACACGGCCAUCCAGUUCUACGACGUCCAGGACCGGCUCGGCUACGACCGGCCGAGCAAGGCCGUCGACUGGCUCAUCAAGAAGGCCAAGGCCGCCAUCGACCGGCUCAACGAGCUGCCGCCCCAGCCUGUCGGCUGGGGCGGCGGCGCCCCGACCCCGGAGUCAAACCCUAGCUCCAACGACCUCGCGCUGGAGCAGUCUCAGUCCCAGUCUCAAGUUGUCUGCGAAUAUGAUUUCGCAGACAACAACAACAACAACAACAGUAAUAAUAAUUCGGGCUCGUUUAUGGCGGGGGCCGGGGCCGGGGCGGAUCUCAUGAACACCAUGAAGUCCUUGUUUCCAACCAGCAGUUUUGCGGGUUUCGACAAUGAUCCUUGUCAGGACUCGUCUUUUCAGACGAGAGACCUCGGCCUGUCCCUUCAGACGUUUCAGGCCGACCACCACCGCCAGGAGAAUUCCAACAUCCCGAUUCAUGGAAGUUUCCAUAGAAUUGACGGCUGGAACGGCGGUGGCGGCGGCGGCAGUGGCGGCGGAGGCGCAAUUUUUGGGCAGGGUUUGCCAUUUUCUCAAAGGGAACUACUUCAGUCCAACACGGCCGUGAAUCCGUGGAAUCAGAGGCCGUUGAUUUCAGCAAAUCAUCACGAUCACGAUCAGCAUCAGCCACGUGGCGGCUUCGAGCUCGGAUUUCGUGUUCCAGCUCGGAUUUACGGCGAGGAAGAGGCGGCGGAGAAUCACCGAUGAAUGAGACGAUUCACUAAUAAGUAGGUAAUGAGCUUCAUCUUGCAAAUUUCUUCCGCAGCAGAAAAGAAAAUUGCGUGGAAAGAAUAUCAUGGUUGGAGACUUUGAUUAAGCUGUGUUGAAUUCUUUUUUUGUUCUUUAAUUUCUGCCAAUAAUUUUUCUGACAUUUGUUUGAUUUAAAUUUCUAGUUUAAUAUUUGCUUGAAGCCUUGAACAAGUGAAUUAAUGUUAUAUAGGUCAGAUUCUUGCU